CAAUUGAGUUGAGUUUAGCUUAAAAUGUAUUAAAAUUUUGGAACAAUAGUAUUCCUGAAACAGGUAUCAAGAAAAAUUUAGUCAGAAGCUUCAUUCAGAAUGGCCAUUCACUGGUCAUCGGUGAUACUCCUGUCAUUGGCUGCUUCAAUGGCGGUGCUAUCGAACGGAGAUGAAAGAAAUGCAAUGUUGUUAGAUACAGAGGGUCAUCCUCUGCAAGCAGGGCUGGAUUACUUCAUUUUGGCCGCCGCAGGGGGCAAAGGACGAGGAUUUGCUCUCACUAAUACUUGUCCGCAAUAUGUUGUGCAGGAUAAAUCUGGGGAAGGGCUUCCUGUGAUAUUUCACCCUGUUUGUCCUGGAAAUGCUUCGCUGUUUCAUCGCAACACCGCCGUGCAUGUAGCGAUCUCUGCUCCAUCAAUUUGUGAAAAUAAUUCCGGAGCGAAUGUGUGGUCCAUCGCUAGGGUUUCUGGAAUUAAUCAGACUUUGGUUAAAAUAACUUCGGGGGAAGGCCGGUCUUUUAUGAUUUCCAAAAUAGGAGAGAAUGAGUACGGGAUGUUUUGGUGUCCGGCAGUCAUUUGCAAGAGAAGGUUUGGGGUUGGCCCUGCCUGCAAAGCUCUUGCCGUUCAUAAUGAUAAGCAGGGGAAUGGCUGGAUUGUUGCAGGUAAUUUGCAGCCUCUGCGUGUGCAAUUCAAGCAAGCGCCUGCAAUAGUGAGAGUCUAGUAUCAGUAAGGGUUUCGAACCCGGGACGUUUAAGAAAUAAAAGUUUUAGCUCUUUGACUAGGUUUAGUAUUUCGUCAUAGAAAAUUUGUUAUUAUAAUAUUUUAAUGUUAAACUGAUAGUAAGGAAUGAGACGUGACUUCAAGAUUUAAUUAGAUGUUAUAGAUUUAUGUUAAAUCAGUUUUUUGAUUUUGAACAAUUUGUAUGAUGGAGCAUACUAUUACAUAAUAAUAAUUUGAUUUAGUUUGUAA